AUGCAAAACAUAAUCGACACGUACGAAAUUAUUGGGAAAAUCGAUGACCAGAGGUCAAUUUCCUCGAACAGUUUGCCCAGCCAUGAGGGGUCCCAUGAGGAGUUGCAUGAGGGGUCGCAUGAGGGGUCCCAUGAGGAGUUGCAUGAGGAAUCGCAUGGGGGGUCCCUGGGCGCAGGGGGGCGCGACCCCAAGUUGGACAGCGCGAAGGGGAAAGAAUUGAGCGACAACUCGGAUGGGAGAAUCCUGGAAGGCACGCUGAAUGGGGCCGAGGCUGAACAGGCGGGCGAAGAAAACGCGGGGGAAAGGAACAGAGUAAGCGGUCCAAUAUGGGACACAAGUACGUCCAAAAGUUGCACGGUGGAAAAUAUGAAAGGCGAGUUGGAGGGGGAAACCACUCCUGGCAACGUAAAUGGUGGGGGAGCGGCAACCGGUGAGACCCUCCCUUCGGAAAGCAAAAAAGAUGAGAAAAUUUGGGAUACCCCCAGUGGGGGGGCCACCCAUGGAGGAGACGCCCCUGCUGCGAACAACCAGAAUAGAAACACCCUCCAGGAAAGAGCCUCCCAUGUUGGUGGCGGCAAAAAUAGCUGUAAGAGGCAUUACAAAGUGCUGAUUCACGCGCCUGCCUGCUGGAAGGGAGAAAAGUUUAACUCCACCCCCUUCGUUUUCGUAUACGACAAGUCGAGCAACUUUUUUACCUAUAGUGAGUCCCCACUAGAAAUUGAGAAAUACAUAAUCGAUACAAGUGCAGAAAAUUUCGAAAGCAGAGUGCUGACCAUCAUUUUUUAUGACUCUGUUUUUGCCUGCACCACUUCAUCCCUUCUUCUGAAUAACAACAAAGGAGAGAUUCAGCACUUGCCCAAGCCGCUUAGCGUGUUUUAUCUCCCUUUGAGUAAGCUGGACUUAUGCAACGACUCCGUCAAGUACAGGCUGGCUCUCAGAACGAACAGCAUCCUCUGCGACGUUAACAUAAAGGAAGCCAUUAGCUUGUUCAAUAACAAUUCCAAAAUAGCAGGACCGAAUGUGAAUAAGUUCAGCCUACAUUUGAUUUUGAAAAAUGGAAACUACUAUGAGAGUGAGUCGUAUGGCCACUUGAAUUACCAGACCAAGUUUUACGGCUUGCCCCGGUCUAACCUCUCAUCCUGUGUGCCAAAGUACACGGGAGUCAGCGUAGACAGGGCCAAUGUGGAGAGGUCCCCCAGCAACGUGGCCAGCAGGUACCUAGCCCAGUCGUCCAAGAGCCAAGUGCACACAUUUGCAAAGCACCAGACGGACCCGAACCAGUUUAUUUCCCUUGAGCGGUUAAAAAACAAAUGGGAAAAUUACAGCCACAUGAAUAAUGAGAAGAGGACUCAAAACCACUCGGCAUACAAUCCUUUGAGGAAGAAGGAAACGAAGCUCACUUCGUACUGCGUACCGAAUGAUAGUGAAUCGUUUGUCAGUCGGGUCAAAUCGGAGGUGGCUCGUCAGGAGGCCGCCAUGGGGGGGGAACGACCAGCUGGAAGUGGCGUGAAAAAGUAUGCCAAAGAGAACAAUGAAAAGGGAAACCCAGUCAGUAGUAACCCAAACAGUAAAGACCCCUACAAUGCGAGUGGACCUCCCCACUCGUACAAUUACGGGAAAACCAAAUCGGUUUACGACCUGAUGCAGGUCAGCAAGGAAAAGCUGUCGGCCGAUUUCGACGCGAAGGAUGAUGUGUUCCCAGAAGACAGCGCGUCCAUGAUAAACGUUUUCGAGGAGUCCGCUUUAUCCGAACGGGGGAAGCAGGGCCUAGAGGGGGGAAGCACCCUCACCAGCAAUAUCAGGGCAGCCAAAGAUAUGUACUCUCGGGUGAAGAGCGUCAUGAGGAAGAGGGGAGACGUUAUAGGCCACACUGGAGAUAACUAUGGGGACCGCUUAACCCGGCAACCGGAGGAGCAAAACCGGGAAGGCGACCUGCAAUGCAGCCCGAAAAAAGAGAGUGACCGAUUCGGAGAGGACAGAUCGGUGUGCUACUCCCAGGUGGAGAACAUGAGGUACUUCAACGGGAACAACUCCGUGUGCUCGUCCUACCUGCGGAACGACGAAAACGUCCUUCUUGCCAUGAAGGAGAUUAAGCAGUGGAUGGAGAAGAUAGAAGACAAGGUGAGCACCAUCUCGUGCGAGAAAAGUGACCUCAACGCAGCAGUAGGGAGCAGCCAACCCACAGACAAAAGGUACAACCGAAUUAUAGCCUUCCUAAUUAAAAGCGUGAAAAAUAAUAUAAGGCUGAAGAAUAAAUGCAUAUACAGGAGCUGCUACCUGAACAUACGAAAUUUGUACUUGUUAAAAAAAAACGAAAAGGUAAAAUUUGAAAAUAAACUCAUGAUGAGGAAUUAUGGGAAGCUAAAGGCCAAGUACAAAAACGUGCUUGUAAAUCUGUGCAAAAAAAAUUUACUCAUAAAGUACUACUCUAUAAAGGACAAAUUUCAGUACAGCAAAAAAUACGAAAAUAUGAUGAGGCAUUUGCAGCAGGAAAAAAAUGACCUACUGAGCAUCAUAGAGGAGAAGAAGUACGAGCAGGAAAACAGCCUGAGCAUCAACUUGAUGCUUUCGGAGGAGUUAAAAAAGGCUCAGGAGGACAAGGAGUGCAUCUUGAGCAAGAACUUUUUCUACAAAAGCGAGACGGAUAAGGCUGCCACCAAGUGUGAGCUGCUGCAGAAGGAGCUGGACCGCCUGAGGGGGGAGCUGCAGUGCGCCAAGCGGGAGAGCGAGCAGGCGAAAACGGGCUCGGGGCAGGUCAAGCUGGAGACGGAGCAGUUGCAAAGGGAGAAGGAGCAGCUGCGAAAAGAGGUGGAUCAAAUGAAGAUGCAGACGGAGCAGCUGCGAAAAGAGGCGGAUCAAAUGAAGAUGCAGACGGAGCAACUGAAGAGGCAGGCGGAGCAGCGCCAACUGGAGAAGGACGCCCUCGUGAAGGAGCUGGGAGACACGAAGGCCAAGUACUUCAACCUGACGGGGAUACUCGAAGGAGAGGAAAAAAUGUACAGCCAAAAGGUGCAAGAAUUGGAAAGGAAAAUCGAAAACCUGACGGAGGAAAAAAAUACCCUCAUCAACGAAAUAAAAAGCGAAAUUGACAACUUCACAAAAAUGCUAAGCGAUAAAGAAAUGGAAAAUGCAAAGAUGAAGGAGAAGCUGAAGGAGCUAAAAAAUGUGGAGGAGAAAUACAAAGACACGCAAAUCAAUUUUGAUUCGCUGAAAAAGGAAUUUGAAAAGUCGUUUGAUGAAGUGCAAAUUAUUUUAAAAGAAAUGAUACAGAAGGAGAAGGAGUACACCAAGAAGUAUAACAAUUCCAUUAAAUGUUUGGAGGUGGAGCAUAAACAGGUUGUGGAGAAGCUCCUCAACGAGAAGGAGCAAUGCGUUAUGGAAACGAAUUACUACAGAGACGUAUGCCACAGUCAGUCCAGUAAGAUGACCACCUUCGAUGAGAGCCUAACCGCGGCGGAAAAAUUGCUAGACCAUGUCUUGUCGCAGUACCCUCAACUGUUCAACGAGUUUAAAGUCAGCUCCAGAAACAACGUGCUAAAUAAGUCCUUCGGAAAAAUGCACUACGAAAAUAUACAAGCUGUGAGAGAAAACGUUAAACUGAUUAGGAAGUCCCUCAGUCAAUUUAAAAUGAGCUUUAAAAACAGCUCCUUCAACUUCCAAAUGGGGUCCGAGUACAGUAGGAAGUACUCCACCCAGAAGAAGGGCAGCUUCUCAACCAUCACAGGCAAUAAACGAAUGAACAGCAUUUUGAGGUACUACGAGAGUUACCACAGAUAUGCCAACCAGGGAGAGCACCCCCCCGUCGAGGAGGAACCUUUUGGUGAAGAGCAAUCAAGCAGGAGGAGAUCCAUCAGCAAUAACAGCGCUAGGAAUAUGUCCAUCAUUUCGAACAACAGGAAGAACAUAAACUUGAAGAGCAAAAUUGAUUCGUGUAACGCCCAGCUGCAGAGGAAUGUCUCCCAAAGUAGGUGCAGGAGUGGGUCCCUUAGUGGGAAGCAAAAGGUGUCAGCAGGAUUUGACGACUUGAAGAGAAGGCCCUUUAUCCGAAAGGGCGGCCCAGAAGAGAGCGCCUUGGAUGAUCAGUUAGCGCAAAGGGACGCUUCAAGGUACACCAAAUGGAGGAGCGAGGAACUGGGUGAGGAGGCGCCCAAGGGGGGGCCCCUCGAGGCUGCGGUGGAGUGGCACGCGGGCCACAGCGGCGAUAUAAGCGGCGUAGGCGACGUGGGCGAUAUAAGUGGCGAACGUGGCGUGGGCAAUCUUAACGACGUGGACGAGCUGAACCACAUCGACAUCGUAAACAUGUACGAAGACAACGGCUUCUUCAACGACGGGGGGGCCACCCAUGGGUCUGCGCACGGCGAAUCGAACCCCCCCUCCAACCCCGCCGGGUCAAACGAGGAGGGCGAUUUGGCCAACACGCACCAGGACAAAGCGGAAGUAAAGAAGAAAGUCAGCGGAAAGGAGAACUACGAAUUUGACAAAAACAACUUCAAGGAAAUUAUAUCCUUUAUAGAAAAGAACGUUAUAAAAAAUUCGGACACUCUAAGUACAAGUGGGAAGGAUGGAAAGAACGCCGAUGAUUGGAAGGGAGUUUCUGGGAGGGCAUCCCUAUGCGAGAACAACAAAUUGGGAGGAGAAGCCACGUGCGAAAAUCAGGAACAACCAGUUGGUCAUGCUAAAGCGGAAGAGAAGGACAGCUCACCCAGGAGGGCACAAACAGGCCAGAAAAAUACCUACCAAUCUGUUGCAAGCAAAAAAACAGGAACGUUCAAGUACGCAGAUAAGGUGAGCAAACAUACUUCGGACAGCCACGUUGCCAAAAGUGUUAGUAAUAACACCAAGGUGGUUAGCAGCCGGGGUGUUUUACCAAACAGCAAGGGUGGUGGUCACCCGAUUGGACCCCCAACUGGGCAGCAAAGCAGCAGAAUGAAGAACGCAAGCAACAACACGUCGGUGACGAAAGGGGUAGUGGGCAGCACGAGGAAGAACUCCUCCACGAUUUACAGAAAGGGAAGCGAAAGUGGCGCCGUCGCUAAUAACAAUGAGGAUGCGCCGAAAAGGAUGAUCAGUACCAACUAUAAGUACAAGCCUGCAGAUGAGUCUGCCAAGCAUUUGAAAAAAGACAGCUCGGACGCCCUCAAUCUCAAAUGUGCGAAGGGGUCCAUAGUAAAGAAGAGUCUAGCCCCGGAGAAGGAACGGAAUGCGAGUAGCAACACGAGUAAAUCAGCUCUUUCGAGGGUAUAA